AUUAUUAAUUAUGGUUCAGAAAGCCGAAUCUCUAAUUCUCCUUCGCUUGAAAUUUCCGGGACGGUGCCGUCUCGAAAAAUCUUACCCAUACCUGAAGAAGAUUCAUCAUCCACAUCAGCUAAGGCAGAGAUCAAUAUCGACUAUGAUGAUGUAUAUUUUGAUGAAGAAUUUGAUUAUGAUUCCACAGCUCAGACAGUGAAAGAAAUGAAUAAAAAGGUUGCUUCGCAAUUAGUUAAGAUCGGUGACGACUCAGAUUCCGAUGAACCAAUAGACUCGAACCACCCAAUCCAUGACAUUCUCUUGCGUGAAGAAAUUGCUCGAUUAGAGCGAAUCUCCAAUUCUCCAGGUAAUUCAACGCCCACGCCUCAAACGAAGGCGGGAUAUCAUGAUGAUGGAGAAUCUAACGAAGUUAAGUCAGACGAUGACAACGAUUCUAGUGAUUUCACUUGUUCUGAUGAUGAUGAACCAGGCUAUUACUAUGAUUUAAGUA